GUCACCCAUCACAUGAUUAAUUUUACACAAGAACCUCUACACAAGAACCUCUGCACAAGAACUAUAUUAAACACGUACUGCUGUAUAUGUAUUCAAGGCCAGUUGCUGUAGCUACAGUGUGCUAUACCUCAGUAUACAGGCAAUGGCCAACUGUGUUGGGUAUCACUACCAGCUUAGAGUUAUCCUAAUCGGAGACAGCACCGUCGGUAAAACCAGCCUUGUCCAUGAACUUCAAGAAGGAGCCGGCAAUCUGGAGCACAGUCUAACACUGGGAGUCGACUACUACUCGAAAGUGUUUCACAAAGACGACCAGAUCGUCAAGAUACAAAUCUGGGACACAGCUGGGCAAGACCGGUUCAGAUCAAUCGUAAAGACUUACUAUAGAAACGCUGUCGGUGGUCUGUUGGUGUUUGAUGUCACAAAUCAACAAAGUUUUGAGAAUGUAGAAACCUGGUUACAAGAAGCUAAACAACACCAUGGCAACAACGAACAUGUGUAUGUGUUGGUGGGCAAUAAAUGUGAUCGUGAGAGUGAGAGGGUCGUGAGUACAAAGGAAGGAGAAGAGUUUGCAAAGAAGAACAAUAUGCAAUAUAUCGAGACCUCCGCCAUAACUGGUACUAAUGUUUACAAGGCAUUUGAUCUUCUAGUGGACGAUGUAUUGAGUGGUAUUGAGGAAGGUCGGAUACGGUUGCGUCGGGAGAGCUGGGACGGUGUUAAACAAGGCGAGGUUCUGUCAGAGUCCAUGCUUAGUUCGCUAACUAACACAGUGGUAACUAUUAACAGCGAACAACAAGACAGUCACAGUGUGGACUACAUACAUAGCAGUGAACAAAGAACUACAAAAUGUGCAUGUUGAAAAAAUUGAAAAUGUUUUUUACUUCAAUGAAUUUUUUUAAGUUGAAAAUCUCAAUGAAUUUUUGUGGACUGACAGUCUAUAUAUACGGUUUUGCAGAA